CCAAUUCGGCGCCACGCUCGAUUUACCAAAACGUAAUUAACAGGAUUGAUGAUAUUGUGAUGGUGGAAUAGGUGAUGAUUUAGUGAAAGAAGAAUUGGUUACAGUGUGGCUUGCAGAUCGAGUUACAAGUGAGCUGAUUUAUCUGUUCCUUGGUUGUUGUUGUUUACAGCCAUUUAUGUUUGGCGCGCCACCCUCCAACCCCACACCUACUCCAGAAGAAACCAUGGAGGCCGAUGGUAAUAACAGUUCUGGCAAUCCAUUUUCUGCGCCAGCUAAUCCUACAGGAAACGGGUUUGGUUCCACAGGACCCAGCUCAGGGGGUUUUGCCUUUGGAGCGCCCAGUGCUCCUUCAGCGGCAGGGUUCAAUUUUGCUGGGGCCGCUCAGGCAAAUACAGGACCAAGCACCUUCGCGUUUGGAGCUGGUGUAGGAGGAGCCCCUACAUUUGGAGCAAGUACUGCACCAACGGGCGGCGCAGCUCCAGUCCCCGGUGGAUUUAACUUCAGUGCAGCGGCGGCUAAUAACAACAAUGCGGGUCCAGGAAUGUUCAACUUUGCCGGGGGUGCUGUCACUCCCUCGGGCGGCUCCCUGUUUACCGCGGGUGCUUCAGGAGAUCCCAGUAACCCGGCUAUAGCCCAGAGAAAGUUCAAGAAGGCUGUUAGACGCGCCAAGCGGUAGCACAACUGUGCCUGCCCUCCCUACACUGGGUUUACGUGACAUUACUGUUGUACACUAACCGGGUACAAACCUUACGAGACUUGUGUCUCUGCCCGAUCAAACGCAACGGGUUAACGAACGUACGACGUUAUUCCGAACUG